AUUUGUAGUUCUCGGACAUAAACACAGACACAGAAUCAAUAUGAAGAAUCGUGGUUCCGCCAAAAUCUCUGCAAAAUGGGUUCCAGUUUUCUCUGUAUUUUCCUUCAUUCUUGGAAUGAUCAUAACAACCAGGAUGUGGGAGGCACCUGAGUCUAAUGGGGUGCAUCUGUCAAAUCAUCGACGCGACCAAGAACUGCAAGUGGUGUCAGAGGAUUGUGCCACUAAAAAGGAUAAGGAUGUAAUGAGUGAAGUGUACAAAACCCAUGAGGCCAUUCAAGGUGUCAGAUCUCUGGACAAGCAAAUUUCCGUCCUUCAGAUGGAGCUAGCAAUGGCAAGGAGUAGCAGAGAAUCUGAGAUCUCGAACACCUUGGCCACAAGAUCCCCCACUGAAGGCCCUCUGAGGAAGAAGGUGUUUCUAGUGAUUGGCAUAAACACUGCUUUCAGUAGCAGGAAACGGCGUGAUUCAGUUAGAGAGACUUGGAUGCCUCAAGGGGAACAGCUUCUUCAACUGGAACAAGAGAAGGGAAUUGUCAUCAGAUUCAUGAUUGGUCACAGUGCAACUUCUAACAGCAUUCUUGAUCGAGCUAUUGAUUCAGAAGAAGCUCAGCACAAAGAUUUCCUUCGCCUGGAACAUGUUGAAGGGUAUCAUGAAUUGUCUGCAAAGACAAGAACUUUCUUUUCUACUGCAGUUGCAAAAUGGGAUGCUGAUUUCUAUGUCAAAGUGGAUGAUGAUGUCCACGUCAAUUUAGGUGUACUUGCAACAACCCUUACUCGUCAUCGUUCAAAACCCAGGGUGUAUAUUGGAUGUAUGAAAUCUGGACCUGUUCUUUCACGAACGGAUGUGAAGUAUCACGAACCUGAGUUUUGGAAGUUUGGAGAAGAGGGUAACAAAUACUUCCGACAUGCAACUGGACAGAUAUACGCAAUCUCUAGUGAUCUAGCCACCUACAUUUCCAUUAACCAGCCAAUAUUGCACAAAUAUGCCAAUGAAGAUGUGUCUCUUGGUGCAUGGUUCAUUGGUCUAGAAGUUGAGCACAUAGAUGAGCGCAGCAUGUGCUGUGGAACUCCUCCAGACUGUGAGUGGAAGGCAGAAGCAGGAAACAUAUGUGUUGCAUCCUUUGACUGGAGCUGCAGUGGAAUCUGCAAGUCAGUGGAGAAGAUCAAAUAUGUGCACUCAAAAUGUGGUGAAGGGGAUGGAGCUGUUUGGAGUGCUUUAGUUUAGCUUUGUUUUUGUUUUAGGGAAGAUAUAUAAGAUGAUUAGUACUGCUAUAGUAUACUUUUGUAUCAUGUAACAUAGGCCUCUUCUGUUCCUUUCACCCUUGUGCACAAUGCUUUUAAAGGUGCUUAUUGAGUCUAAAUCUUUACUGAGUUUUUUUGUGUUGUUA